AUGUUUCCUCCGGGGCGAUGGCUUCUCCCGAUGUUCUGGCUGAUUUCGAACGCGAUCUGUGGGAUACGUAGUUACCGCAUCCUCGUCAUCGCCCCCUUUGAAUCCCACUCGCAAUGCAUGCUGGUGACACCCUAUAUACAGGCUCUGAAAGAUCGGGGUCACCAGCUGACGGUGAUACAUGCAUACAAGCACUGCAUGCACAAAAUUGAAGAUGUCACCUUCAUACGAAUAUGGUAUAAUAAUAAUGUUUUUGCAGACUUUGAGGAAUCUGUAGGAAUCGGUUCAGCGAACAAUAAGUGGGACGAAAUGAGUUUUAUGUCGAGACUUAUGGCAAAUGCUACGCUUAAUGUACUCAAUAACGUGGAAGUUCGAGCAUUGAUGCAAUCGGGAAUCACAUUUGACGCGGUGGUCCUGGAAGCUGGAUAUAGUGACGUGCUCUAUGGCAUGGCCGCCCAUUUCAGCGCCCAACUGAUCGGAAUUUGCACCUGCGUGGCAGAUUGGAAUAUAAAUAACCUGAUGGGUUUUUCAACAUCCACUUUGACAGAGCCCAUAAUGCCAUUUGGUGCAAAGUCUGUGAAAAACGUUUGGGAUCGCAUCUACAAUUGGUUCUACACAACCCAAGAGUGGCUGCUGAUGAACUUGGUAUUUUUACCAAAACAGCGCCUUAUCCACGAUCACUUCUUUGGCCAUCUGGAGAAGAGCUUCCAGGAGAUCCGGCAAGACUUCGCAUUGAUGCUGCUUAAUCAACACUUUAGCCUGUUUCGGGCCAGGCCCAAUGUGCCGGGAAUGGUUGAAGUGGCUGGUCUACACAUUCCCAAAGAGGAUCCACAGCUGCCGAGCGAUCUGCAAGUGUUCAUUGAUGAGGCAGAACAUGGAGUGAUCUUGUUUUCUCUGGGUCUGGAACAGGAUAGUAAAGAUUUGCCAAGGAAAACGCAGGAAAUUCUAGUGGAGACUUUCAAAUCGGUUCCACAGCGUGUGAUUUGGAAGUUCGAUGGUGAACCUACGAUGAGUCUGGGCAGUGACAUCUACCACUCCAAUCUUUUGCCACAGCAAGCAAUUUUGGCGCAUCCCAACGUAAAGCUCUUUAUAAGCCAUUGCGGAAUGAUAAGCGUUAUAGAAGCUGCCUACUACGCGAAGCCAGUAUUGGGCCUUCCAUCGUUCUUCGAUCAAUUCAGGAAUUUGGAAAUCAUGAAGGAGGAGGGAGCAGCUCUGCAGUUGAACAUCAAUAGCUUGACAGUAAAGGAGUUGAAGGAUGCUGUGCACAGCAUGAUAAAUGAGCCGGAAUAUCGAGAGAGCGCCUUGGCUAUUUCCCAAAGAUUUAGGGAUCAGCCCAUGCAUCCCUUGGAUACGGCCAUUUAUUGGACGGAGUACAUAAUACGCUACAAGGGUGCAAAUCACAUGAAAGUAUCUCAGUCGCAGUUGAAGUUUUUCGAUUACUAUUCCCUGGACAAUUUCAUAAUGGUCGUAUCGCGGCUGUUCUUGGUGGUGGCUUCAGUUUUUCUGGCCCUCUCAAAAAGUAGGAGAUGGCUAAAUCAUUUGUCCACAUCUGCAAAGCCAUUUCUACCUGAUGACAUUCAACAUAAUAGGAAGGAAUAUCUUAGCAAUUUCUCUGCGAACAUUUAAUUAGAAGUUAAUUUUAG